CAUACUGCAAUUCACAAUCACACCUCUCCUCCAUGCUUUCCUCACUUGCUUUGACUCCGAAGAGCUCCUGCUGUCUCUCUCUCUCUCUCUCUCUGUGGAUUUCUCCGUUAAACGUUCUCCCGUGUCUCUGUGCGUGUGUGUGGCUGUGCGUGUGUGGGGGUGAUGGAUGCUUUGUCUCUGAAACUGCCUCGAGGGUUCCGAUUCAGUCCAACGGAACAGGAGCUCAUCGACUACUACUUGAGUUCAAAGAUUAAUGGAAAGAAUUAUGAAGAUAUUUACUUCAUUCGCGAAGUUCAGUUCUGUAAAUGGGAGCCGUGGGAUUUGCCGGAUAUGUCUGGCAUAGUGACCAAGGAUCGGGAGUGGUUCUUCUUCUCGUCACCGGAGCAGAAGCAUCGGACUGGGAAUCGAUCGAACAGGGCAACCGAAGCUGGGUACUGGAAGUCCACCGGUAAAGAUAGGGAAAUCAAGUCUGGCUCGAUUUUGAUCGGAAUGAAAAAAACUCUGGUGUUCUACCUAGGGCGUAGUCCUACCGGGAUAAGAACCUGUUGGGUAAUGCAUGAGUACCAGACAACCCAGAAGGAACUCGACGGCACGAACCCUGGUCAGAAUCCCUUUGUCCUGUGUCGUUUAUUUGAUAAACAAGAAAAGAUUAGUAAAGGUCCAAACUUCAAUGAUGGACCUGCCACUGGUCUUGAAGAAGUAGAGUCUGAUCUACCCGUGGCUUCAGCAUCGGAAGUGCAAGCUGAGGAUAAUGGAAUAAUCAAUGACUGUUCUAAUUAUGAGAAUUCUCAUGGGACAAUAUCUGACACAACAGCACUUGUUGAGACUGAUGACAACAAUUCUAAUGCUUGUUUUGCAGAAGUUUCACUUACUGAGGAUGAUUUGCGGCUACAAGAAGAAAUACAAAGGGUCCUGAAUCCAGUAGAUUGUGAACCAUUUUCCUCAUUAAUUUCGUUCUCCAACAUGCCUGCUGUUUCAUCCCCUGCAACAGCGAAAUCUUCCUUUAAAGAAGCAGAGUCUGAGCCAGCUGAAGCUGACAAUUACCUCAAAAUAUGUUGUCGUGAUAAUGUUUAUGCCGCAAAAAAUCAAAUGGAAGGAGCAACAGCUACUGAGGGUGACUUGCAAUUGUUGGACGGCUUGGCUAUGUCCGAUCUCUCACCAGAGACAAUAGAUUGGGACUCACACUUCCAGCUCUUCUCCUCUUCACCCUUGGAUAUGCACAAAGAGUCAGAUCCUUUUUGCAUACCAGACCUUGUCACCAAUGACUUGAACAGCAGUCAUGGUGGGGUGUGUUUACCAUAUGAUCUGAAUGGGUGGUAUCCUUACAUUCCCAAUAUGUCUGGCAGUCAAAAUAAUCUCACUUUUGGCUAUGAGACUGGGAAAAGCACAGUCCCUAUUAGGGAUAUUGGAUCAUGCAGUGGGUCAGAUGUGGAAUUCGAGGACUUACUGCUUGAGCCGACAUUUGAAGAUUCUGAAGAGGUCAACAAAAGAAAGGCUUCAUCAGGGUUGUUAAAUCCAGAACCUAUAUCGUUGAUGGAAGGGUCUGGGCCUUCAAAUCAGAUCAUAGGAUCUGAUUUGAUUCGAAUGAAUUAUUGGUAUCAAUAAUUCUUUGGAAGAUGAGUAUCAACCUAUCGAAUACUCAUCACUAAUUUGCGCUGUUUCUAAACCAAUUCUAGUACCUUUACACCAAAUUACUAUUAUUUUGUUAAGCCAAUGCCGAUUGUGCUUUUUAGCAUCAAUCCUUGAUUCCAAGGGAAUACUUCCUUUGGAAAUUAUUUGAAAUUGUUUUCUGCUGAACCAGCAUUUCCCUCCUUUGGAAAUCUGUUUCUAUAAACAGAAGAGGACAUGAGUAAGAAGAAGAAACUUGGUUUACCUUUUUCUUCCCCUACCCCUGUUUUACCGUUGCUUAUGCCUCCUGCAUCAGCAUCAACCCUGGCUUCCUCCCCACUGGAGAUAGCCAAUAGAUUUACCAGUUUAGGACAAGUUCCUCGACCAGUUGGCCCCAGUUAUUUUGCUUCAACCUUGGCCAUGCCAUUUGAUCCGUAUGCUAAUCCUUUGGCGACGGUGAGGCCUAGGCCCACAAAUAGAUUUCCCUCUGCCAAUAAGGCAGAAUAUUUCAAGAAAGCUUAUUUUGUCAAUCUGUUUUACAUUGAGAAAUCAAUAAAAACAGAUCCAUUUGAAAUUGCUUUCGAAUAUUUUCGCCGAGGCUUUUACUGGAUUCCAGAAAACCCAGCAAAAGACCUCAAGUUUUACCUUGGAAUCCUGAUUCACACAGGUUUCAUCUCUGUUAAACCAAUUUAUUGUAAAGUUGAUCCUUCAAAGAUCAUCUUUCACAAAUGUUAUCUAAUUUCUGUUUUGGCGGAAGAAGAAUGGAUUACCCAUUUUUCUACUUCCAAAACAAUCAAGGGAACCGAAGUUUAAUAUAAUUAUUAUGAUUAUAUUGAAGCCUGGUUAAGGUUUCCUCUGUUUCAAACCCCAAAUCAACAGCACUCUUGGUUCUUCAACUUUGACAAGAAGUGCAUAAACAGUUUCCCCCUUUGGUUUCAGAAAUGGUGGAAUUUCUUUGGCCCCAUUCCUGAUAUUUUCCCUGAUAGCCUUCAUCCGACUAUCAGACAUUUCACUAUCUCUGAUUCACCCAAGAUGAAAGGGAGAGAAGCCAAACUCCCCCCCUCUACUCCAUUUCUGUGUCAAAUACAAGACCUCUUGGAUCUGUAAAUGGCAAUACGAAAAGGUUAACGACAUCUUGGUCCGACAAUUUUUCGUCAAAUGGUGGGACAAAUUUCCCCACUCAAAUGACAUUGUUUCUUAUGUUUCAAAGAUUUUCCCCUCGCAGUGCCCAAUCUCAAAAGCACAGAGGAAUUCCCUUCCCCUUCUUCAGAUUCAAAACAGCUUUAAUUACUUAUCCAACCAUCCCAGGAUUAAGUGAUCAAGUUUCAGAUUCAAAGAAUUCUUCAUCAAAGCAGAAGAAGAAAUCAUCUUCAGCAAAAAAGAAGAAUUCAACAGGUUCACAAGAUUCAACUUCUUCAAAGAAAAAAUCUCCAUUGGAGCAAUUGAAGAAGAAAGAUUUAAUUCAACUGUUGAAGAAAUCCAUCAAGGAUGAAAUCGAUAGUGAAGAUUCAGUUGAAGAAUCAGAUACCUCUUCUACAAACUCUGAUCCUUACAGCAGCACUUUUGGACAUGACUCUGAAGAUUAUCCCCCCCAUUUGGGAGAUGAUUAAGUGUCGGCACAAACCGAUAAUGUUUUCAACAGCACUGAAGACUGCAAAGACUCCAGCGUUGCCUAUUUCAACUUUCAGCCCUACAGGUUCAACUUUUUAGGGGCGGAAAGAUGGUUUCAAUACUUUCGGUACAAGAAGACAAAAAAUACUUUCGAUGCAGAAAGAUGUUUCAACUUUUGGCGGAAGAAGACAAAGCUACUUUCGGCGAGAGACAAUGUUUCAAAUAGUUGAAUAGUAAAAGUCACUAUUCAUUAUUUACUUUAUCACUGUUUCACCCAUGAUUUACUGGAUUGUAAAAGCGCUUCCUUCAUCUAUAAAAGGAUGCUUAGUUUCAUUUGGUAAGCAGAACUCAUUUAGCGAAACAAUUUCCUAAGAGCUUCUCCUACCAUCAAGAUUCACUAAUUUCCCUAUUUCAACCAAACUUCCCUUCUACCUAUCUGAAGUUUGUAAGAGAGCAGGAAGAUUUACAACCAUGGAAAAUUGGAGAAGAAUGUAAUUUAAGUAACUUUAUUUUGCUUGUAGAACAUGUUUGGUUUGUACUUUAGCAACGGACCAUGACUGUAAAUAAUGUUGUGUUAGAUAGAAGGGUUUGGCUUCGAAUACCUUGUCAGUUUCUUUCCGUCAAGAGUUCAGGAAACUAGGGUCUGAAACUUGUCUUAGGUUGAAGACAGUACUCUCUACUCGCUAUGUAUAUGGGUAGAAGUUUCUUUGAUAUAUUAUCUGCCUAUGUUGGAUUGUAUUCUCUGCCUAUGUUGGGAUGAUUUACUAUUUACCAAUGGAUUGGAUUGUGUUGGAUUGUA